CACUCAUAUGGAGCUGUUUCUACAGCGAGGAAGCUUGGCUGAACGCCAGAAACAAAAAACCAAAAUACAGUAGCAAGUAGCUUGAGCUGUAAUUAGAAUCAAAUCAGUUGUGUUAAACACUCUGAAUGCGUAAAGCGCAAAAUCUGAACGAAGGUCACUAAUAUUAAAAAAGAACCGCGUUUAUCGAUUGGUUCAUAUUCCAUUAUGGGUGUUACAUGUGUAAUUGAGUUUGAUAAUAAUCCACAUGGCACGUACUUUGCGGGACAAGUGAUGACGGGAAAAGUGACUUUAAGAUUGGAUAAAGUGAAGAUCGUUAAAGCUGUUACUUUGAAUAUCAGUGGAUUUGCUGAAACCCACUGGACAGAAAGCAGGCGACAGAAUGAUAAAACCUCAAGUGACACGUUCCGGGGGCGCGAGGACUAUGUAGCGACGCAAACAUAUCUAUUGGGUUCCAAUGAAAGCGCUCAAGUAAACUUGGAGGCGGGUAUACAUGUUUACAGCUUUACGUGUCAGUUACCCGUCGUCUGCCCAUCCUCCAUUGAGGGUACCUACGGCAGAGUGCGUUACAUGACCAAAGUGGCUCUGGUCAGACCCUGGAAGUUUGACCAAUCUUAUACUCGUUGCUUCACAGUACUUAAGCUUAUGGAUUUGAACUAUGACAGCCCAAUCCUGCGUGUAGGCGCCCACUGCGAGACCCAAAAGAUCUAUUGCUGCUGGCCCUGUCACUCGGAGCCACUAAAAUUGGAGCUGUCCGUGCCCCAAACGGGCUUUGUGCCCGGCCAGACAAUCCCCAUCGGUAUCCUGGCCGCCAAUGAUAGUCACAUACGCGUCGAGCAACUGCAGAUUAGCCUGGUCAUGCUGGUUACCUACUAUGCUCAGCAUCUGUCGCGCACACACUCAAGAAACGAGCGUUUUGUGGUCAGCCGACUCCUAGGCGAAGCCGUACCAAACCAUUGCAAGAAACAGUUCAAUUAUGGAAUGCGGGUACCCGCCACGCCACCCACAUGCUUCAAUCUCUGCCGCAUUGUUCAAAUCGCAUAUCUACUGGAAGUAGUGGCAAAGGUCAAGGGUUGCCACAAGGACGAGCAGCUGGGUAUGCCAUUGACCAUAGGAAGCAUACCUUUAUUGGGGCAUAUGCAGGAGCUGCCACUUGGGCCAAAUCGUCAGCCCCUCAAUGUCCAGGGUUUUGCUAAUCCUGUUAAUAUGCCCACUGCUCCUUCGCCAGAUGCUCCUUGGGAGGUCGAUUGCAAUAUACCUCCGCCCAACUAUGAGGAAGCUGUUCAUAUGCGCUCAACAAACCGCGCAGUCGAUGAAUUCGACGGCACAGCUCCACCAAAUACGCUGAGCUUAGAUGAAAAUGGAUUUACACCUCUGUACGCAGUGUUUGAUGUCCCAAGCCCCACAGCCCCUAUCGAUUACACUGAAGGGCCUUUGAAUAAUAAUAAUAAUAAUAAUAAUAAUAAUGAGCCUGGGAAGUCUGAUAUGAAUAACAGCAAGGGAACCUGGCUGUGAGAAAUUGGCCGGAGCAUAUGCUAAGCAUAAUCUAACAUAGUCCUUUUUUAAAAACUAAAUAUCUGAUUAAAUAAAAUACACUUAUCUUGAGAUGAGUG